AUGCGUUUGGAGACGCUAAGACUCUUGGUGGGCUUCAGUGGUCGCUCGGUGGUCACGGUCAAUCGAUGGGCGAUCCAGCCCAGAGGGCGGGUCUUCCGGCAGGCCCUCCGAUAUCGCCCUUGGAGCAUUCUGGUGAUGUUUAUUGGAAGCAAAUACCUCCACGCAUAUGAAGGGGGUUAUAAAGGAAGGGGGUACUGGGCGUUUGCCGUACGAGCGCUGCCAUUUGUCCCCGACGAUUCCGCUCCUCAUUUAUCACAACCAGCUUAUGAUCCGGUUGGCCUCCAACAAGGAGUAUUCAAAGAUGGGGAUGAGAUCCUGAGUCAGCUUACGUAA